AUGUAUCAAACGUUAUGUCACAAAAUCAAUAACAAUAAUAACAAUAACGACAAUAACAACAAUAAGAAUAACAAUAACAACAAUAACAGUAAUAACAAUAAUAACAAUAAUAACAACUAUAACAACAAUAACAACAAUAACAAUAAUGGCAACAAAAACAACAAUAACAAUAACGAUGAUAAUAUCAAAAAAUGGCUAACUACUUGGUGGCUGUAUUAA